UUUUGUUAUUCGAGAUUGAGGUUAAGUACGGAUAGUUUGUUGCUGAUGUUUGUGUUGGUGAAUUUCAAUAGUUUGUAAGUAAAAAAUGGCAAAUAGAACCGUGAAGGACGCAAAGUCCAUCCACGGAACGAAUCCGCAGUAUUUGGUGGAGAAAAUUAUCAGAACGAGAAUAUACGAUUCAAAGUAUUGGAAGGAAGAGUGUUUUGCCUUGACCGCAGAACUUCUUGUGGACAAAGCCAUGGAAUUAAGAUUUGUAGGUGGAGUACACAGCGGUAACAUAAAACCCACUCCAUUCCUGUGCCUCACCUUGAAGAUGCUUCAAAUCCAACCGGAGAAAGAUAUUGUGGUGGAGUUUAUAAAGAAUGAGGAAUUCAAAUAUGUCAGAGCAUUGGGUGCAUUCUACAUGAGAUUGACUGGUUCUUCACUGGACUGUUACAAAUAUUUGGAGCCUUUGUAUAAUGACAACAGGAAGUUGAGGAGGCAGAAUCGACAGGCUCAAUUUGAAAUUGUGCACAUGGACGAGUAUAUUGAUGAGCUGCUUAGGGAGGAGAGGGUGUGUGAUGUUAUAUUACCGCGUCUGCAAAAGCGACAUGUUCUGGAGGAAACCAAUGAGUUGGAUGCAAAAACAUCGGCGCUUGAAGAUGAUCUGGAUGAGGAGAUCGAGUUGGAGGAAGAAAAGUAUAAGAUUGAGGAGCCGGUGGUGAAGGAGGAGAAAGAGAGACAUAGGGAACGGAAGAGGGAACGCAGCAGAUCCAGAGAACGUAACCGGUCGAGGGAUAGGAACGACAAACACAAGAGAGAUGAGAAACGUGAUCGCAGGGAUAAGGAUAGGAGACGGGACGAGGAUAGGAAACGGGAUGACAGGAAACGCGACAGUCGUAGGGAUGAUGAUCGCGAGAGGAGGGAUCGAAGGGACGAGAGAAAGCGGGACGACGACAGGAAGAACUAUAGAUAGUAUUUAUAUAUGAGGUUAAUAAAUUGUAUACAGGC